AUGUUCAUAAAAAUUUUAGCAUGGCUCUGCUAAUUCAUUGAUAAGACUUUUACGCUUCUACGUAAAAGGUUGAGACCGAAACCGAGGUUAGAACUCAGAGGUUAUCACUAAAUUCCGAGAUCCAAUUCUUUUUACACCGGGAGAUUGAGAUUAUUGAUAGGAUUGGAAGGGACUCUCGUUUGUACUAGUCAUAGUCCAAUUCAAGGAUGGGAUAAAAUCAAUAUCAAGUAAUAUUCUCAUCAUAUUUCUCUCUAGGUAUCUUUCAGGAGUCACCCAGGAUUUUUAUAUUAAACAUAGACCAUAUCUGGAUCAAUUUUUAUUGAGUGUGUCCUAGAUUUAUGAUGUGAGCAUCUAUACGACUCAAAUAUAGGACUUUGCUGUUCCAAUAAUAGAUCGAUUUUGCAUCAAAUUAAAGCACAAUUUUUACAGAUAAAAGUAAAUUUUAUUUUUCACAUAGUCAUGUGUACAAUCUCGCAAUAAAAUCAGAAAGGAAAUUAAUAUGACAACAUCUAAUCCUCAUAAUGUGAUAUUCGUGGAUUAUGAUGAAGAUUAAUGUUCAGGUAUAAAUUUAGAAAUUCAUUCAAGCCAAUUCUGAGAAUGCCUAUCCAAUAACAUAAUACACUGGAUAAGACAAUGAUACUGAAUUGCUUAAAUUGAAGGAUUUCUUGAUACAUGCAGAAGCAUAGAUGAAAGUUCGCAAAGAGCAGGACCCUGGUGUUACGAUUUAGGACAUACUUCAAGAAAUGACAGCAGAGGACUGAAGAGGAUGAAAUAUAUAAUAUGAAUAAAAAAC